AUGACUUUUGAUAGCAAUUUAAGUAUAACCUAUAUUGGUACUGCCACAACCAUCAUUGAAAUCGAUGGAGCCCGGUUUUUAACUGAUCCAGCUUUCGAUAAUGCUACCACCUAUGAUAUGGGUAUUGCCGUCCUUGAAAAGACAUUAGACCCAGGUCUUAAGAUUGAACAGCUACCACCCAUCGAUGCUAUCUUAUUAAGUCACGAGGAUCAUCCUGAUAAUUUGGAUGCUACAGGAAGAACAUUGUUACCUGGGCGCCGUAUUUUGACUACCAUGGAUGGUGCUAAGAAUUUAUCUUUAUAUCCUGGGGUUUCUGGCUUGAAACCAUGGGAGACUAUUGCAAUAGAGCUUGGUGGUAAGAAUUUCACCAUCACAGCCACUCCAUGCGAACAUAUGCUAGGUGGGGAGGUUAUUGGUUUUCUCUUACAUACGAAUUCCCUCGGUACUGGUGUCAAUGGUUUGCCUAACGUUAUUUAUUUUGGAGGUGAUACUAUCUACAUUAAGGAAUUGGAACAGAUCGGUGAGAAAUAUAAUGUCAAGUCAUUUAUUUGUAACCUAGGCGUUGCUUAUGGUCCUCCAGAUGGUAAAAUUCACAAGGAACCUUAUAAGAUUACCAUGUCUGGGAAAGAUGCAGCCAAUCUAUCUAAGAAGAUUGGUGCCGAUGUUAUUAUUCCAGUUCACUUUGAAGAGUGGACACACUUCCAGCAAGGUAGAGAAGCUUUACAAAAAGAUUUCGAAGAGGAAGGUUGUUUAGAGAAAGUAGUGUGGUUAGAAAGAGGUAAGACAACCAAGAUUUUUUAG